CCAAAUCGUCUUGUUACCUUGGUGGCAAACGCAGCAGCUGAGCGCAAUUCCAUGGGUAUUCCAAGGUCCCGUCGUCCCCUGAUGCGGGAUCCGCAUGCGGGGCGUCCGCGGGCACCGAAGCCCACGCGAGAAACUGACAUACGCACCAUGGUGGAAGGUGUUGAGACGUGUGCAUCCUCCCACGUGAUAAUAAGUCGCGAGGCGAGCCCGCACGGCGGCAGCACGCUGCGGCGCAGCAAGGCCUGCACACCACGCCGCGCGCCGCACCACACGCCGCGCAACGCCUCGCACACCUCGCAGGCGCCGCACACCUCGCAGGCGCCGCACACCUCGCAGGCGCCGCACACCUCGCAGGCGCCGCACACCUCGCAGGCGCCGCACACCUCGCAGGCGCCGCACACCUCGCAAGCGCCGCACAUCUCGCUCGUGCCGCACGCGCAAGCGUCGCACGAGCACGCGUCGCACGAGCACGUGCAAGCCGUGCCGCAACACCCGCAUGAUACUCACAAAAAAAGCCAACCAUCUCCGAUGGCAACGAAGAGAUCUGAGGAGCCUUCUCCGAAGCCAAAAGCCCGGCCCAAAACUCCCAAGACUUCAGUCUCCACAAAAGAGUGCCUUAGUUCCACCCGAACAGACCUUGAGACAGUAGAUUUGAACCAGAUGACGCCAGUGUGCAAGAUACAAUGUGCCAUGAAGAAGGAUCUAGAAGUAGAUGAUAGAGAAUCCGCGAAUUCUAUGUCGCCUAUGAUGUUAGAGGAUUCUGGAGAGAAGAAAAAGAACUCGCCCGAAAGACUGCAUUUGAAAUCAGUGCACAAGAUCAACAGCUCUAAGAAAGACACUGAUGACGCGAACAAGUAUGGCGAAUGCAGUAAGAGAGAUAACUCGCCUAGAAAGGCUCCCUCACCGGUUAGGAACAGGGAGCCAGUCAACGAGAGAAAGGAGCGAGAGCGGACUAAGAUCUCAAUGGCACCAGAUCGUUGUGAAGUGACCAGACUAAUCAAACAGCUGUGCAGUGGAGAUGCAGGAGGGGCUGAACGUUUAUCAGGAGUUAAGAAUGCUCAGUUGCAGUACGCGAGUGGCAACAGUCCUCGGCAACCGAGCACACCGCAGCUGCUGAGAAUACUAGAAGAGACAAUCCAAAAGAAGGUCCCGAAGCCUCUCUUCCAGAAGCAACCAUCAGCCCGAGGGCUGGAGCGCCACCGGCUCCUGUUCAACAUAUCGGAGAAGACCUCGGACUCCUUGUUCCAGUAUCGCACCAAGUUCGUGCAGCAUAUGCUGACCAGCGCCAUGUAUGCCAACAGCGCGGUCGGAAAGCCAUGGGAGAUGAUUGGCAGUAUAUCGGAACAAAUAAUCGACGAGCUCCUUCUAGGCUGUCUGAAGGAGAUGGAAGUUCGAGAUCUAGUGGUCCAGCUUUACAAGACAGAGACGCGUUGACGCGAAACCACAUGUGAUAGACAGAGACGCACAGUGUGCUCAAUGACAAUUUUAUAUAUUUAAUUUUUAAUACAUUUGUUUUUCUACA